AAACCUUUGGCCAGGAAGUUUAGUGGGGGGUUACGUAAGGGUUGUACAAUUCCUUUAUAAGAGAGGCAGAGGCACCCACCAGAUAGUGACAGAGACAGACAGACAGACGCAGAGCUGCUCAUUCGACCUGCACUGGGACAGUCUCGAACAGAGGCAACAACAGAACGCUCACCCCCAAUCACAGGAGUGACGCCAUGGCAGUCCCCACCCUCUGGAUUAUACUGUUGGCUGUGAUGAUCGUGGGAAAGGAGGGAGCUCAGGCGAUAGGCCUCAUCGCUGCUGGACAGGCCCAGGAAGCAGGGAGGGCGCCUGCGGCCUACACCCAUCUACACAUUCCCGACAUCCAUUACGAGGAUUACCUGGAGGAGGAGGAGGAUGAGGAGGAGGAGAUGACCAGUAGGCCGGACGUGGGGCCACAGCCUUUUUGUGACUAUGAUCCCUGCGGGGUGGACCAGGUGCCUUGCUCUGAGCUCCAGAAGGCCUCUCCCUGCAUGUGCCCGGGUCUCUCGAGUGAAGACGAGGUCCCAGACAGGCCCAGGCUGACGGGCCUAGGCCGGAUCACUGCCAGCUCGGCCUUUGUCCACUGGUGCGAGCCUGCGUCGGUGGUGGACAGUUACCGCCUGGUCUACCAGGCCCUGGGCCCAGUCCAUGCCAACCAGUCCAGCUCGGGCCCCCUCCCAGCCCAGGCCCGCACCUAUACCCUCCAGGGCCUGGCCUCUUCCACUCAGUACCAGGUCUGCGUCCUGGCCCUGAACCAAGCCGGGGAAAGCGGCCCGGACCCUGGGGACAGCCAUCACUCCGACCCCAUGGGCUCCGGGCCCUGCCUGACCUUCACCACUGCCAUGUCACCAGGCCGGGCCUUAGCCAUCUCCCUCCCACUGGUCCUGGCAGCUGCUGCCCUCCUGGGUGCUGUUGCCUUCCUGCUCUGGAGGCGGGGGAAAGGGAGGAGAGGGGAGGCCCGCCUGGGACCCGGGACCGAAUUUGGGCUUCAAAACCCCACCUUCUCCCGGGAUGAGAAAGUGGGGGAGUUGCCAAAAUAACCCCAACUUCACACCUCUGCCCCCUCAAUGAACCUCAGUAUCACCCCCUCCCCGUCUUCCCUCCCCUUCCCCCACCUCCCUCGCCCCUUACUCCCUCCCCUCCCCUCCCUUCCCUCUCCCUCCCCUUCCCCCUCCCUCCCCCUUUACUCCCCUCUCCUACCCCUAUCCCCUUCCCCAUCCCUCGCUCCCCCUUUACUCCCCUCUCCUCCUCCUUCCUCCCCUUAACCCCUCCCCACCUCCCUCUCUCGCCCCUUACUCCUCCCCUCCCCCUCCCUCCCCUUCCCUCCCCCUUUACCCCCUCUCCUCCCUCCCUUCCUCCAUCGCCCUCCGUUCCAUGCUCCCCCCACCCCAACAAUAAUGCCCCUCUGAUAUUGUACUGGAAGAGGCGGCGAGGACAGGAUAGGGAUCUCUGGGGGGCAUCACCUUGUGUCCAUCUCCCUCAGAGGCCAUGCUGCCUGGCCCUGACUCGGAACGCCCGACUGUUCAGACACACUGACUCUGCACCCACCCACCCCACGUCCCCCCCCACACCCAUCGUCUGAACAGUAGACACAGCCAGACCCCACACUGGCUGCAACUCUCCCCCCCCCCCCGUUCUCCCUCACUCCCCCAUCACUUACCCCUCAGCUCACACCAACAGGCUCCCAGCUACUCAUCGGGGGCUUGGUGUGUGUGAGAGAGAGUGUGGGUGUGUGAGAGAGUGUGAGUGUGUGAGAGAGUGAGUGUGUGAGAGAGAGUGUGUGAGAAAGAGUGUGUGAGUGAAUGUGUGUGAGAGCGAGUGUGUGUGUGUGAGUGUGAAUGUGUGAGAGUGUGAGUGUGAGCAUGAGUGUGUGAGAGAGAGUGCAAGUGCGCGAGAGAGAGUGUGUGAGAGCGAGUGUGUGUGAGUGAGAGUGUGAGUGCGAGCGUGAGUGUGCGAGAGAGAGUGUGAGUGCGCGAAAGAGAGUGUGAAUGUGUGAGAGUGUGAGUGUAUGAAAGAGGGUGAGUGUGAGAGAGAGUGUGUGAAAGAGCUUGAGAGUGUGUGAGAGUACGUGAGUGUGAGAGUGUGUGCGAGUGAGAGAGUGUGAGAGGGUGUGUGAGUGCAAGUGUGAGAGAGAGUGUGAGUGUGAGAGUGUGUGCGAGUGAGAGAGUGUGAGUGUGUGAGAGUGUGCGCGAGUGAGAGAGUGUGUGUGAGUGUGUGUGUGUGUGUGUGUGAGAGAGAGACCCCCCUGGGACAGGGCUCAGGGGCAUCACUCCCUAGCGAUGUGAUGAAUAAAUAACUCAGGGAUUCUUUCUGUGCUGCUGCUGUGUAAAUAUGACCGUGUGUGUCGCUAUGUUCUCGUGAUCGACCAUCAGUGUCAACCAUUUUGUUGCGUAUUGAUAAUUUAAUAAAGUAUAUAUUUGCCAGGA